AUGGAUGGAAGAAACAAUGCUGCUUUGCAGGCUGUUGCUCAGGCUGUCCAGAAUCAGCCUAAUGCUGGUGGGAACGACAGGGAAUUUAUGAGAAAAUACUUUCUUGAGGAUGUUCGUGGGAAUAAGGAGAUUGAUUUUCUGGAGUUAAACCAGGGGACUGAGCGAGAUAAGAGGAAAGAAAAACAUAAACCGUGGAAGCCUUAUAGUGCUCAAGCUGAUAAAGGUAAACAGAGAGCUGUUGAUGAUAAGAGGCCAAGUGGGGGAGGUGCUCCUACUCCUCUUAAGUUCUAUAGAUGUGGUGAGUUGGGUCAUCGUGUCAGUGAAUGCAAGAGUGAUAUGAAGAAAUGUUACAAGUGUGGGAAGUCAGGACACCUGGUUGAUGAUUGCAAAGAGAACAUGGUGACUUUCUACAACUAUGGUGAACCAGGGCAUAUCAGCACUCAUUGCUCGAAGCCUAAGCAAGCAUCAAUUAGAGGCAAAAUGUUCGUACCGAAGGGAACUCAAACUUCUAGAGAUGAUAGAUUGAUCAGAGGUAUAUGUUAUAUUAAUAAUACACAUUUGAUUGAUAUUAUUGAUACUGCUUCUACUCAUUCUUUUAUUGCUGCUGACUGUGUGAAAAGGCUAGGCCUUGUUGUGUCUUCUAUGAGUGGAUAA